CUGCUGUUCCUGCCGCUGCCCCGACGGCGUCGGCAGGUCGCCCCUCGCUCCGCAGCGCCCGCCCGCAGCCGCGUCGCCCCCGGCCGGCGGGAGCGCCCCGCGGCAUGGAGCUCGGCGCGUCGCUGGUGCUGGUGGCCGCGCUGUGCCUGGCUCCCGGUCUAUUUAUUUCUCUGGAUCAGCCAAGCCUUAGCAUCCAAAAAGAUGUCCUCACAAUAACCGCAAAUGCUACUCUAAAUAUUACUUGCAGUGGUCAGAGAGCACUGGACUGGUACUGGCCGAACAAUCAGAGCAGUAUUGAGAAGCGUAUUGCUGUGACAAACUGUAGUGAUGGCCCCUACUGUAAGAUGCUUACUCUUCUGAAAGUAAUAGGCAAUGACACAGGAGACUACAGGUGCCUUUACAAGGACAACCAGGCAGCUACAACCAUUUAUGUCCAUGUUCAAGAUUACAGAUCUCCAUUUGUGACUUCAGUUAGCGAUCAACUUGGCAUUGUAUACAUCACUAAGAAUAAAACAGUGGUAGUACCAUGCCUUGGAACUGUAUCAAAUCUCAAUGUAUCUCUACAUGCGAAGUAUCCGGAGAAGAUAUUUGUUCCUGAUGGAAAAUCAAUUUCCUGGAAUAAUAAAAAAGGCUUCACUAUACCCAGUCAUUUAAUCAACUACGCGGGCAUGGUCUUCUGUGAAGCUAAAAUAGAUGAUGAAAGCUACCAGUCUGUGAUAUACAUAGUUGCAGUUGUAGGAUACCGAAUUUAUGACCUGACUAUGAAUCCGCAUUACCAAGUAGAACUGGCAGUAGGAGAAAAACUGAUUCUAAAUUGUACCGUAAGGACAGAGCUGAAUGUGGGAAUUGAUUUUAAAUGGGACUACCCUUCUAUCAAGGAAAAGCGUGCAACUAUAAGGGAUUUAAAAACCACUGCAGGAGAAAUAAAGAAAUUUGUAAGCACUCUUACCAUUGACAGUGUGUCCUUAAGUGAUAAAGGUCGAUAUACUUGUGCAGCUUCCAGUGGCCGUAUGAAUAUGAAAAACAGCAGUUACUUCAUUAUCCAUGAAAGUCCUUUUAUUCAUCUGGAGAAAAUGGAGAAUGUGGUUGAGACAAAGUUAGGUGAUACAGUCAAAAUUCCUGUCAGUUAUAAAGGAUAUCCUCCACCAGAGGCAAAAUGGUAUAAAAAUGGAAAAGCCAUCAAUGCAAAUCAUACAGUUAAACUUGGCUACACAUUAAUAAUCACCGAAGCAACUGAAAAGGAUGCUGGGAAUUAUACGGUUGUACUUACAAACCCCACUAACAAGAUGCAAAAGAGACAUACAUUCAGCCUCCUUGUGAAUGUUCCUCCUCAGAUUGGUGAGAAUGCAUUGCUGGCUCCUGUUGACUCCUACAAGUAUGGUUCGACUCAAGCGCUCACCUGCACUGUCUACGCAGUUCCACCUCCCACCACCAUCCUGUGGUACUGGCAGCUGGAGGAGGAGUGCACUUUCAGCCCCCAAAAAGUUCGCUCGGGAGCCAAUCCGUAUGCAUGCAGGAAAUGGAAAGUGAUAUCGGAGAGAAAGGGUGGGAAUCAGAUUGAAAUUAAACAUCGAGUUGUUACUAUCGCUGGGAAAACGAAGACUGUGAGCACCCUUGUGAUUCAAGCAGCAAAUGUGUCUGCUUUGUACAGAUGUAUGGCUACAAACAGAGCUGGAUCAAGUGAGAGAGUUAUCUCCUUUCAUGUGACCAGGGGUCUUGAAAUUAAUCUCCAGCCUCGGAAUCAACUGACAGAGAAGGAUAACAUGUCCUUGCAAUGCACAGCAGACAAAUUCACCUUUGAGAAGCUAUCAUGGUACAAACUCAGUGCUCAUGGUUCACAGACUCCCUUUGGAGGGCUACCCAUGCCUGUUUGCAAGAACCUUGAUGCUCUUCAGAAGCUGAAUGCAACAGUUUCAAAUACCAAUGGUGAAAAUGUCACCUUAGAGCUCAUCCUCCGUAACAUCUCUCUCCAGGAUGGAGGGGACUAUGUUUGCAUUGCUCAGGACAAAAAGGCUAAAACACAGCACUGCCUGGUCAAGCACCUCACUAUUCAAGAGCCCAUGGCACCCACGCUCAUAGGAAAUCUGGAAAAUCAAACAACAAACAUUGGUGAAACUAUAGAAGUAUCAUGCACAGCGGAUGGCAUUCCUCCUCCAAACAUCAUGUGGUUUAAAAAUAAUGAAACACUUGUUGAAGAUUCUGGUAUUGUUUUGAAAGAUGGGAACAAAACAUUAACUAUACGUCGAGUGAGGAAAGAAGACGGUGGGCUAUACACCUGCCUUGCCUGCAAUGUCCUUGGAUGCAGAAAAGCAGUGGCUUUUUUUGCAGUGGAAGGCGCUGAAGAGAAAACAAACCUGGAGCUCAUUAUCCUAGUUGGCACUGCAGUGAUUGCCAUGUUCUUCUGGUUGCUUCUUGUAAUCAUCCUGCGGACCGUUAAGCGGGCCAAUGGAGGGGAUAUGAAGACUGGCUACUUGUCAAUCAUAAUGGAUCCUGAUGAAGUCCCUAUAGAUGAGCACUGUGAACGGCUCCCUUACGAUGCCAGCAAGUGGGAGUUUCCCAGAGACCGGCUAAAGCUAGGCAAACCUCUUGGACGUGGAGCUUUUGGUCAGGUGAUAGAAGCAGAUGCAUUUGGGAUUGACAAAACCGCUACCUGCAAAACAGUGGCAGUCAAAAUGCUUAAAGAGGGUGCAACCCACAGUGAGCACAGAGCACUUAUGUCAGAGCUGAAGAUUCUCAUUCAUAUUGGCCAUCAUCUAAAUGUUGUCAAUUUACUUGGAGCUUGUACAAAACCAGGAGGGCCGCUUAUGGUGAUUGUGGAAUAUUGCAAGUUCGGAAAUUUGUCAGCUUACCUGCGGAGCAAGAGGGGUGAAUUUGUUCCAUACAAGACUAAAAGUGCCAGGUUUAGGCAGGGGAAAGAGAACUACGUUGGUGAUAUCUCUGCAGACCUGAAGCAACGAUUGGACAGCAUCACAAGCAGCCAGAGCUCAGCAAGCUCUGGGUUCGUGGAGGAGCGGUCCCUGAGUGAUGUGGAAGAAGAGGAUGCUGGUCCUGAAGACCUUUGCAAGAACCCUUUGACCAUGGAAGACCUCAUCUGUUAUAGCUUCCAGGUGGCGAGGGGAAUGGAGUUCUUGGCUUCACGCAAAUGUAUCCACAGGGACCUGGCUGCUCGUAAUAUCCUCUUGUCAGACAAUAACGUGGUCAAAAUCUGUGAUUUUGGCUUGGCUCGAGACAUCUACAAAGAUCCAGAUUACGUCAGGAAAGGAGAUGCCAGACUACCCCUAAAAUGGAUGGCGCCAGAAACCAUCUUUGAUAGAGUAUAUACCAUUCAGAGUGAUGUAUGGUCUUUUGGAGUUCUGCUGUGGGAAAUAUUUUCAUUAGGUGCUUCACCAUACCCUGGAGUGAAAAUUGAUGAGGAAUUUUGCAGAAGACUGAAAGAAGGAACAAGAAUGAGAGCACCAGACUAUACGACACCAGAAAUGUACCAAACAAUGCUGGAUUGCUGGCAUGGAGAUCCUAAACAAAGACCAACUUUUUCUGAGCUAGUGGAACACCUGGGAAAUUUACUGCAAGCCAAUGUCCGUCAGGAUGGUAAAGACUACGUUGUCCUUCCUUUGUCAGUAUCACUGAAUAUGGAAGAGGAUUCGGGUCUCUCUCUCCCAACUUCACCUGCUUCCUGUAGGGAGGAAGAGGAAGUCUGUGAUCCUAAAUUCCAUUAUGACAACACAGCAGGAAUUAGUCAGUACCGACAAGAUAGCAAAAGAAAAAGCCGACCUGUGAGUGUGAAAACUUUUGAAGAUGUCCCAUUGGUAACCACUGUAAAGGUUGUUCAGGAGGAAAACCAGACGGACAGUGGGAUGGUUCUUGCAUCUGAAGAGUUGAAGACACUGGAAGAGAGAGAUAAACAAGUGAAAAUACCCUUUAGCACGCUGGUGCCCAGCAAGAGUAAUGAGUCCGUCAUGUCUGAAGCUUCCAACCAGACGAGCGGCUACCAGUCUGGGUACCACUCGGAUGACAUGGACAUCACUGUCUCCUCCAGUGAGGAGACUGAACUCUUGUGUGCCCAGGAGGGUUUGCCCCCGCUCUGCCGCACACAAAUGCUUGCAUACGACAACGCUGUUCCCCUCUCCUCCCCACCACUCUAGGGCGAAGCGAGCAGCCGUGGAUUCCCCUGGGAUGUGCGUUCGUUGCUUGGGCUGGUGGUGUUCAGGUUUUGUGUAUAGAAAGACUGCGUUCAUGAAAUUAAGAAAAGAUGUUUAUUUUUUGUGAAGAGGAUACAGGAGUAUCUUGCAGCAAAACUGUGCAGUGAUAGGCCAUGGGACGCUUCCUUCGAGAGACACUGGCAGCUGAGGACGUAAAGCCCUCUUGCUGCUGCGAGUGCGGGUGUUGUGUUGCCCUGAUGACAGAGGCAGUGUGGUGGUCUUUGGGACCCCAGUAAAACACAUAGCAACAUUGAAUGUCUGCCCGAACAGGCAGCGGGAUGGUGUUCAACUUACUGUUUCUAGUUGUACGAACUAAAGAUACGGCCCUGCUUUUUGUUUUUCCUCUUGUGGCUGGACUCCAGGAAGGAAACAACAUGGUUCUGGCUUCUUGUUUCUCAGAGUUAUCCCUUGCUUGCACCUCCACAAACAAGAAAAGGAACCUCCAGCUCAAGGCUCUGGCACACAGCGAUGGUUUGUGACUAAACAUAGGUUGGGCUAAAUAUAGAUGGGGCUGAUGGUCUCUGUCCUUGACAGGGAAAAAAGUUGCUGUACAAGACUUCAUGAGCUGCGUUACCUGAGGCAGACUUCCCGAUCAGGUUGGUUAAUACGGGGGAGGCAGAGCCCUUAUCCAAAUGACAGGACACAUAUGCCUAGGGCAUGCUUCCCCUCCGAGGGUGGUUUGGGGGUUAGCUUUCCCCCCUUUCCUCCCCUGUCCCCUUAGCCUCUGCCAGUUACAUACCUCUUUCCAAGCUAGACUGAAAUGACUGCAAAAAAUUCCCACCACUGAAUCACCCCUGGAUCAGCUUAUAAAACAGGUAGAAAUGGCAAUGUAAUUUACUUUAGGACUAUAGGGAUCCAUGUCCUAUGAGGUAUCCUAAAUGUAACCUACCUUCGCAUCUCAUCCUCCCUCCCCCAACCAUAGGUCAGAUUCUUUCAUUUGCAAACUCAGAAAUUGCUGGCACCAGCAGAGAUUUUGGCUUGCAGAGUCUUGCAUGUCAGUGACUGGUUUCAUGGCAGCUCAAAUCUUCUCCAAGUGGUGAUAUUUUGAUUAACUGUUGGACAACUUUUUACCUGUAUUCUUGUAGUCCCAAAGCUCUAUUGAUAGACACAAUGCAGACUACAAGAUUUUAAAAUGUAAAGCUAUUUCUACUGAGUUCUUUGUUAUAAUUUUUUAGUGUUUGGGGGGUUUUUUUGGUUUGUACUUACUAUGUCAAAUGCUGGGAACCGUGAAUAUAAGGCAUAUACAGUAUUUAUAGCCUCUUUAUGUAGAAAUAAAUGUAAUAUAUUAAAAUAUAAAUAUAUAUAUUAUAUAAUGGAUAUUGUACUAUUCACAUUUUGUAUCUGUGUUCUGUAGCAUUACAAAGGUCACAAUUUUUAAUAGCUAAAACUUUUCACUUUAUUAAAAGGGAUUGGAAAUUUAAAGGCA